AUGUCGAAUACCCUUGUGUUAUUUGUCUUGUUACCAGAUAAAGCAAACCGCUGUAUACCGGACCUAUUCUUCAUCAAUCUAGCCGUGGCAGACCUUCUGUUUCUUAUGACACUUCCGUUUUUCGCCUACGUCUAUGCCACAGGAUCGUGGCUUUUCGGUGAUGUGUUAUGCCGUUUGAUUGUGGGGUUUGAUGGAAUGAACCAAUUUACAGGUAUUCUGACAUUGCUCGCCAUGAGUUUCGAUCGUUAUUUCGCAAUUACAUAUCCAGUCCGAAGUAAAACGUAUCGCACAAUUCGUAAAGCACGACUCAUCAAUGUAUUGGUAUGGAUCGUCUCAUUUUUAUGUAGUUUACCCCUAUGGGUGUAUGCGGAUCUUCACACAGAACCAGAUGGAGCGAUUGUAUGCCAAAUCAUGUGGCCAAAUCCUCACAAAAACGCAUAUACUUUUUUAGUGUUUGCAUUUAUUGUUGGAUUUGUCGCGCCGGUGUCAGCGAUGAUGAGUCACUUAUUUACAGGUGUAUUCCACCACCACUUUAGUGACGACAGUCACCGUACUAACGGUGAAAUAACGACAGUUGCUUCAAUUGGGCACAGAUCUCGACGAAUUGCCAUUCUGCUCAUUGCAUUCAUUGAGAUACUGGAACCGACACUGAUGCCCAUUAUGAGCAGAAAGAAGAGGAGUGAUCUUGUCACCAGUCGGAAGAUGUACAAACGACGCUCGGACAUGGUGUUCAUGCAGGAUGGUACACUUGCUCAUACCACCCAUGUGAGCCAGGAGUGGUGUUCCAGGAAACUUCCCGGCUUUCCCGAAAUACUGGAACCGACACUGAUGCCCAUUAUGAGCAGAAAGAAGAGAAGUGAUCUUGUCACUGGUCGGAAGAUGGUUUAUGCAGGAUGGUACACCUGCUCAUACCACCCGUGUGAGCCAGGAGUGGUGUUCCAGGAAACUUCCUGA